AUGUCUGCAUAUGAAUCGAAAGUUCUGCGUUUCGUAUUCAAAAUCGACUUUAUUGUGCCGAACUAUGACGAGCAGUGCGAGAUUCGUUUGCCCAACCAGGCAUGGAUUCCGCCUACGAUUCCUAGUGCUGUUAAGACGGUUGGUUCAACCGGCUGGUAUCGGUGGACACCAGCCGGUAUUGAGAGAACAGAAUGCCGUGGGGAAAAAUUUCGGGUUUGUUCGCUAUUUUACAACUCGGAGUGUUACCAUUUCCUGGGAGUGCCGUUCGAUUGCCGCCAAAAAAGCGUGCAACAGUCCCGGCGGAGAGAUGGUAUCGGUUGGCGCAGAGUGAUGUUCAAAUAUCUCCUUAAUGACCCUUAUCCCCCAAUUUCAGUCAUGCGCUUCGAUGUGAAUUAUAACGUCCUUGCCGGGAAGGGUUCUGAUUCCUGGAUGCCGCAACUCAUUCCAGAGACAUACAACCAGAACCAAGAGGACUACGACUAUAGCAACACUGGAAUUGCUGGAGAUCUCUCCCUCCUCCUCGCUUUCGCGGCUUUCUCCUGUCCCCACGAUGCCUACACAGUGUUAGAGGUCAUUCGUCUGUCCUUCAAACCUCCAAUUUGGAACCGGCACAACCUUCCGGCCUCAAGGAGACACGGAACCGGCGUGGUCGUGUCCAUCCACCUGGACUCCGACUCAAAUAUCACAGCGCAAGACUUACGAAACAUCGAGGAAGGCAAAAAUGGCCCAAUAAUCCAGGCUUGA